CGUGAACGUAGCCUAUUUAAGCAACCACACAUGCCGAUUACUCGAUUGUGAUUGGAUGGAGCUAUUGUUAUGGUAAAUAAAAUAUGCCUCAAUUUCUUGUUGUGGAAAAAUCGUUAGCUUUAAAAAGGGGUUGACCUGAGGCGAAUUGCGCCAGACAUACCACACCCUUCAAAGAAGCAAGCAAGAGAACAGCAAGAAUGGUGGAUUUAUCCGAAGGCAAAACUGUCCUUCUACUUUGCUUGAUUUUUCUUGCGGUCCAAACUUCAGGCACUCGACCAGAAGGUAUAUAUAGGUUGGUUGCCCAACCGCUUUGGUAUAAUAAAAAGAAUAAAAUCAUAAAACACUGCCAUCGGUAUACAUAUCGCUUAUGCAGUGAUCAACUAUUUUAUUCGAAUAUAUAUCUUGUAUAAUCUUGAAUCUAAUGGCAAUUGUGGUGUAUGUAGGUGAACGUAUCUAAGAUGGUGAUCUCUGAGUGUGCUCACAUCGGGCGAGCUGCAAAGUGUGCGGCUUGACCACGGUGGGAAUCGAUCCCACGACCUUUGGCUUGCCAGUCCAAUGCUUUACCAACUGAGCUACGGGGUCAAGUCGAUUCGAGUGCGUGAUAUUUCAGAACUUGGUCAAUAGUUCCUUCGAUAUCUGUAUACAUAUAUUUUUUAUAUAUUUGAUGAUUGACUUAACUAUAAUGUCUGUGAUGUUCUAACUCAGUUGGUAGAGCAUUGGACUAGCAAACCAAAGGUCUCGAGUUCGAUUCCAGCUGUGGUCAAGCAAUUUCUUCACUAUACGUAUAUUAACUGGCAAAAGUACAUUAUUUUUACAUUAACGUUUAGAAUGUUCAUAUCGCUUAUAAUCAUCUUUAUGGGCCCUAAUAAAUUCAAAGCACGUAGUGAUUAUUCGUUUUAUGCAUCGUGUAUUUGUGUAUGCAUUUGUGCUAAGGAGAUUUUUUUUAUGUUAGGUAACACGCGCUCAAAACUAUAAUGACUACAAUAUACCUGCAUUCACUUGGGGGUUAUGAUCAUACAUUCAAAAAUUUUUUUUCGAAUGUUUCUCAAUCGGCAAACAAACGUAAAAAGUAUAUUUCGUGCUUUAUCUGCAAAAAUAAUGCUAAAAAGAAGAGAUUUUAGAUCGUACGCCAAAGAGAAAAUAAUGUCUGAAGUUCAGUAAGUUUUGCUAAAAUUGCUACUUGUAAAUAUGCAUGGCGUCACUCUAGAAGCAUUCAUUGAUAAUAUUUUAAACUCUCUGCUUUUAAACUUAACUAUAGAACGAGAGGACUUAUUCGAAGGAGAUUUGAACAUCCCAGCACUAGCAGAAGCAUCGCGAGACGACGUGGAAUUCGGAAUGGUUCUUGCAGCCAGAAGGUUUGGACGAUGGCCAAAUGGUGUAAUGACUUACGUCAUUUCAUCUGCGAUAGGUCAGUAUGAAAAAAAAUAUUAUCCGGUUGAGUAAUUUUUUUCGCCUUAUAUUGAGAGUAGAUGAAUGGAUGUCACAGUAUUAGUUUGGUACCACCCUCGGGUAUAAAAAUAAUAUAUGGCCCUCGAUCAAAACUACAUUUUCUAUUAUUACUAAUUUCCAAACCAUGUCUAAUACAGGUUCAUCCAACAGACAAAAAAUUUUUGCUGCAAUGGCGGAAUGGAGAGCUAAGACGUGCCUCAAAUUUGUACAACGAACAAGCCAAAAAGACUACGUAGAAUUUACCAAACAAAACAGUGGGUAGGUUUAGACAGCAUUUUUACUUCAUGUAAAACGAUCUGGCAAUACUGCCAAAAACGACUGCAAGACUAUACCGGUGUUUUCAUCCUGAUUUGUUUCAGAUGUUGGUCAAACGGUAUUGGACGUAAUGGCCAUGGGAAACAACAGAUCAAUUUGGCCAACGGUUGUUGGGGACAUGGCACCAUUAUACACGAAAUUGGUAAGGCAUUGUUACAGGGUGGGGGAUAUACUACCCAAACCGGAUGUCAUGCUAUAUUUUAACAGAGAAAAAAUUGUUUCAGUGCACUGAGAAUCUUAAUACUAUUGGGACUAAAACAUAAAACUAAUCAAUGGUCUGAUCCCAAGAUAAAUACUGAUGCCAAGAAAGGGCACCACUUGGGGGGAGGGGGGCACUAUAUCAAGGGGAUCCAUGCUACGCCAGAAAAUUUUCCAGAAAAUUCAUGCUACGCCAGAAAUUGAUCAUGCAGGUUUCUCGGUUUGGCUAAAAACGCAUUUGCCAUACAACAUUUGUUACAUCAUUCUAUAGUCUAUACAUUUAUAUAAAGUAUUUUUGUUAAUUAUUCCAGGUCAUGCUCUGGGAUUUUGGCAUGAACAGAGUCGACCAGAUCGCGAUAAGUAUAUUUCAAUCAAAACGGAAAAUAUCAGAAAAGGUUUGUAUUAAAUUCUCCACAUAAAAGAUGAACCAGUCGGCCAAUAUUAUUCAGUUUUACAGGUUCACGUUCACAAACAUAAUUGGGUUAGAAUUUCAUGUACGUUUAUACACAACCUCCACAAUAAUUGCUCGUUAGCUGUGUAGCAAAGCGGUCACAUGAGCGAAUAAAAAUCAAGCUAUAUUUUUACAAUUAAAAAUGACCUACCUUUCAUUUGCAGGCAUGGAAGGACAGUUCAGGAAGUAUUCUCAUGGACAGAUUGAUUCUCUGGGCGUGGUCUAUGAUUACGACAGUGUUAUGCACUAUCCACGACGGGCAUUCUCCAAAAAUGGUCGGGACACCAUUGUACCAAAGCAGGCUGGAGCUGUAAGUUUCCAAUAAAAUACGAAUCACGAUGCAAAGAAAUAAAUGUAUUGUUGACACAAUAUGUUAUAGUUAACUAAGACCGAAGUUCUAUAUCUCUCGCUGGCUUAGUAUGCAAUUGAUUGGUUAAUCGGACAUAUGGCACAUAUCUAAUUGGUAAAGUGGUCCCUGAAUGGUAGUGGAAGUGAAAUCUAAACCUCUCUAAUAUUAGUCAUCAGACAGUAUAACAGUCGUUAACCCGGACAAAAUUUUCUGUUGUUAGACAAACGAAUGUUGUCUAUUGUUACUUAAACAGAAUUAAAAUUUCUUUCGCUAUAUAUCGGUAUAGUGAGAAUUAGGAGCAAAAGAAAUAACUUGAGCUAAUCUCCUAAAACAAACUUCUCUUUUCUUUAACUUGUGUCUCUCAACCGAUUGGAAGAGAAACUGUCUCCUCGAAACUUUAACUCGGAACUUUAACUCGGAAGUUCCACACCAUAACAAGCCCCUUUCCUAAAUCAGUUGGGCGUUGCCCCCUGCUAUGUCGACUGUUUCAAACCCCUAUCAAAGGACACCCUCUUUAAUUAAGCGGGCACAUUGGUGAGAUCCGGAAGCUGUUCGCUUAACAGGUGUUCGACUGUACAUGAUCUUUCUACGAAAUAGAUUAGAUUCUCACUGCUUUUUCUUCACUUAAUUUCUAGAAAAUUGGCCAACGUUCUCGACUUAGCGGAAAAGAUGCAUUACAAGCGAACUUGAUGUACAAAUGCCAAUCCACAACCGUAUCCCCACAGAAAACGACCACGCCUUCACAGAAAAAAAACAUGGCACCCGAAGGUAGGUGGGUUUAGGUGGAUUUGGAGUCGUAACAUUUAUAUGACUUUUUACAGGGGGAAGCUGUUAAGAUUUUUCUCACUUUGAAAAGUAAUAAUUUUAAAAUGUGUAUCUUCGAUGCACAAUUGAUCUUCAGUAAUGUCCGUUUCUCAAUUUGACCAACUUUGGGAAACGAACAUGGCUACAAAACAGUGUUUCCUGUUUGCCUACCUUCGGGAAACAUGGCUAGGAACUAGGAAGCAAUGUUUUUGCAGGAAUAUUUCCGAUUUUAUCACCUUCCAUGUAAGAUGACUAUGUAAAUCUGAUCCAAACUCUUUUCAUUACCCAUAUAGGCUACAUUAUCCAUCUCCAAUCGGAAAAGUGUUUUUACCCGCUCGGCGGUAAAGUCCCCGGGGAAAACCACCCAAUAGUGCUAUCCAAAUGCCACAAACAGACCGGCCGUUUCAGAAUGUACGAGAAUGGUAUCAUUCAACAUGUAUUAAGCGGCAUGUGCGUACAUCCGACUGGAGAUUGUUCACCCCCGGAAGAUAAUACCGAGCUGGUUUUGUCCAAGUCGUGCGAUAGCCCUACAAGAAAAUUUGUGAUCAACCUGGAUGGGUUAUUAAUACACAGCAGUAAAACGUGUGCACGACCAGCAUAUGAAUCCGUAAAAGACGACACAAGAGUUGUGAUUCACCGAUACUGCACUGCUUCCAAAUUUGCUUUUGCAUUUGCUGGUAAGUAUACUGUAUUACACACGUAAAAACGCACAAGUUGUAACAAACCUGCAGCAGACUUGUUCCAACAACUUGUCAACAGGAUGUGUUCCCAGCUUGUUGACUUGUUGUUCAUAACUUACUGCAUAACUAACUAACUCAUAACUAACUGCUUGUUGAGCUAAACAGACUUGUUAUAAGUUCCUACAACAACUUUUUAUCGUCCUGCACUGAUUCAACAAUUUGUCAACAAGUUGUAAGUGACAACCUUGUAGCAACUUGAUAAAAUAACAGCAUUACUACAAGGUUGUUAUCUGUUGCGAACACAUCUUGAUCUUGUUGACAAGUUGUGAGAUUUUUACGUGUGUAUCUUAGAUGAUCCUGUAAAGAAUUCAUUUUUCUGUUGGUCAAAUUUCUUUCGAUAACUUCUCGUAAGGAAUUUAUGGCGAAAGUUAUAUAAACGUUUCCGUAAAAGGACACAUUUAAAAAUGAAUAAGCUUGACUCUUGCCGGCUCGACGGUUUUCUUAACAUUUACAAGUAAAAUAGUUGGGCAAAAUGAAAUUCAAUAUCGUUCCUCUAUGAUAAUACUUCAGUAAAAACUAAAUUAUAAACUCUUUUCCAUGCGACGACUUUACCGUUGAAAAGGAUUUAAUAAGAGGAACACGCCAAAAAGAUUUUAGGUUUUGAAAAAUUUUCAUAGCCAAUACGAGACAUUGAAAAAAAAAGAAUCCUAAGAGUCGAAGAGAUAGUUAACUACUUAUUACGUAAAAUCGUUUGGUGUGAAAAGGAAUCGUAUAUUAAUAUCGUCCUAUUGUAUAUAUAGCUUUACCACGAACUAACGGAAACAAUCUUGCACUUGGAAAGUCUGCCCGGCAAAUUUCAACAUACGAAAAGGGAGUCGCGUCGAAGGCUGUGGAUGGCGUACGAAAUGGAGACUAUAAUGAUGGAUUCUGUUCACACACAUUGUUCUCAAAGAAACCUUGGUGGAGAUUAGACCUCGGUGAACAGGUCAGUUUCAACUAGGGGCGAAUUUACCGUGGGAGUGCAGGAGGGGGGGGGGUGCGCACCCCACCUAGUGUCUAUAGCUCUCCUCCUAAAGAAGUCCAGCACCACCCUAAAACAAUCUGCUUGACCAUACAUUUUCUGCUUUUCGAAUAGCCAUUAGCGGAACGUCUACUGUUAGCACGUGUUGAUUUCUUGAAACG